AUGGGGCACGUUGACUCAAUCAGGGCUGACCUUAACAAAGUCAGAUCCGUCCCAGCCGACCGACACGAAACUUCGAUUUUAAUUUUACAAUUUCGCUUUUUCCAACAGCUCGCCGAAUUGCUCGUGCUCGCACACGAUUCUACAGCACUUUACGAGAAGCUCAAUUUUACCAAGAUCUUCGAGAGCAACUUGCGCAACAACCUUCCCAUUUUACGAGACCUUUCUUAUCUACCGGAAGAAUACAACAAUGAAGAAUUCGAAAGACCAAAAAACUUUGGAGAACUCGACCGACAGAAUAGAAAUUUAAUGCCUGAAUAUCGAAACCUCUGCGAAACCGUGACCAGAAGAGUAGAGUUCAACGAUGAAAAUUACGAAUAUCAACCGCCUCAUUAUCACGAAGUCUACUGCAAGAGUUACUCGCUUCUCGAUCGAGCAUCCGAACGAACAACGCGAUCAUCCAAACAGAAAUGUGCACAUCCUGGCUUUCAUUGCGUACAAAGGAGUAGGACCCUCUUCUUAGUCAGACGCGCCUGGGACAGCGAUUGUUGGGAACCUUUCACCAAAGAAAUUGCUGGUGGUUGCGACUGCAUGUGGCCGGUCUCUCUACUCGGUGAUAUCGCUGCUCAUUAUUAAUUUUCAUCGACGAUGGAAAAUGUAGCGCCAAUUAUAACGCAUUGAAUAAAAUUUCUUCAGAUCAAA